AUGACUCCCAGUUUUACAUCAGCAGUGUGUUCAGAGAUUAACCUGGGUUACUGCAAUGACCUGGACUACUCCAGGACCAUCUUCCCUAACAUCCUAGGUCAGCAGUCUCGUCACGAGGUGGAGUCUGGAGCUGAGUACCUCCUCCUCUCUGUGAUCCACGGUCUCCUCAACGGGGAGUGUUCCCCCGACAUCCGUCUGCUGGGGUGCUCCGUACUCGCCCCGCGCUGCCAAGACCUACCCAGCCCCGCACCUGUCAAGUCAUGCCGCAGUGCAUGUGAAGCGGUGAGGAAGGGGUGUGGCCACGCGUUCGAGGGCAUCGACAUGGCGUGGCCUUACUUCCUAGACUGUGACCGAUUCUUCGCCGGCGAACAGGAAGGCUGUCACGACCCGUUGGCCCCGUUAAGAGCCAGACAUGAAGUGGCUUUCUCCAACCUGUCUCCAGACGAACCCUCCACCAUCAUUCAGUUCACGUACCACUCCAACGCCCAGAUGUACAGCGUUCUGAAGAGGACUGCGGCCAAGUGCUCUCACAUCUCCCGCACCUACAGUAUCGGACGCAGCACGGAGGGGAAAGACCUCCUGGCCAUAGAGUUCACAGACAACCCCGGAGGGCAUGAACUGUGUGAGUGUGUAACUAUUUAAGGUGGAGUGAUUUCUGGGGUUUGAACUGCACAGCAAUGGGGCUAGUGAGCUAGGGAGCCCAUUGGUACAGGGCUAGUGAGCUAGGGAGCCCAUUGGUACAGGGCUAGUGAGCUAGGGAGCCCAUUGGUACAGGGCUAGUGAGCUAGGGAGCCCAUUGGUACAGGGUGAGCUAGGGAGCCCAUUGGUACAGGGCUAGUGAGCUAGGGAGCCCAUUGGUACAGGGCUAGUGAGCUAGGGAGCCCAUUGGUACAGGGCUAGUGAGCUAGGGAGCCCAUUGGUACAGGGCUAGUUGAGUAUCUCCUGU